AUCUUUUCUCAUUAGGGUUUUAGGAUUUUUCGGUCCCCCAUUUGUAAGAGAAAAAACCCAUUUGCGGCGCCGCCGGUCAUGGAAGAAGUCAGGGAAACCGCUGCUUGGGUUGCGAGUCACUCUUCUCACGUCACUGUUGAUUCCUCUGGAAUCGAUGAGGUUGUAAGGAACAUUAAAGAUUCAAUCCCAAAGGUCGAAUGGAAUUACGAAGGGAUUCAUUACUUCGAUGAUGGUCCUCUCACUGUUCAAUAUUUGUUCGUAUUGGAUGCCUUGAAUUUCUGCUUUUGGCCUGAUAAGGAAUUGGAUUAUGACCAUUUAGCUUCUGGAUUGAAAGCUGCUCUUAUUGCUGAUAAAUCUGCUUUUGAUGCUGACCGUCUUAAGAAAUACACUGGACCUGAAUUGCGCAAGUUAUUGAACUGGCCAAGACCACUUCCUUUGGAGAAUGAACGAGUUCGGCUUUUGCAUGAGGUUGGAUGUGAACUAGAAAGGAACUUUGAGGGGAAAGCAUCAAAUCUUGUGGAAUCAUGUGGUAAAUCAGCUGAAAAGCUUGUUGCACUCAUCACACGCCAUUUUCCAGGGUUCCGUGACCACUCGCUGUACAAAGGUCACCAAGUAUUCUUAUACAAAAGGGCUCAGAUAUUUGCAGCAGAUUUAUGGGGUGCAUUCAAAGGAAAAGGGUAUGGUGAAUUUCAUGACAUAACUAAAGUCACCAUGUUUGCAGACUAUAUUGUUCCAGCUGUGCUUCAACAGCUUGGAGUACUCAAAUAUAGUCCAGGCCUUUCCAGCAUUAUUCAGUCAAGUAAGGAAAUUGUUUCCGGCAGUGAGGAGGAAAUUGAACUGCGAGCUUGUUCUGUUUAUGCUGUCGAGAAAAUCAGGGAGUCCAUUUUGAAAGAAACUGGUAAAAAGGUUUUAAGCGUGGACUUGGAUCUCUGGUUGUGGUCUGUUGGAGUUCAAUCUCCAUCUCUGCAACAUCAUAGGACACUCUCCAUAUUUUAUUAAGUAGUUAGUUAUUUUGAUCCAAUUGGGGACAACAGAAAUACUUAAAAAGGAAGGGGAUUAGACUUUUAACACUGUUUUUUUUUUCUCCAAGUUUUUUCCUUACAACAUUUGGAAGUGGAUAAAUUGUUGGUACUUAAUUUAGCCUUUUGGAUUUGAUAUUUGAAUUAAUCAUCAAGUCACUCCAUAUUGAUUU